UUUGUGAAUAGAAAGUAAAUAAGGGCUCGGCUCGGCAGCGCGUCGUCAUUUAAGAGCAGCGGCAGAGGGAGAGGGUUCCCGGCGCGGAGCGGGGGAGAUUGUUCCCGGCCGCCUGCCGCCGCCACCUCCUCCCCCCUCUCCCCUCUCGCACCGGAGCCGAGUGCUCCGCUCAGUCUGGCGUUCAGACUGACAGAAGGAGAGGAGAACAGCGGCGGCCCCUGUCACUCUGCAGCCGGUAUCCUGCACUCUGGAAUUACUUCAAGCUGCACUCUCCAGAUGUCCAUCCAUUUCAAAAUGGCACAAAUGCAUUGACAGCCUCAACUGGUGACAGCGAGUUUGAUCCUUUUGCAUUGCAGUUAACCAAGUGAAGUCAUCUGAUGCUCGUCUCCUGAGCACACAGUUGGCCACUUCUGCCAACACUCCGUGGAUUCUGGAGAGGUUCCAGAGGAAGACUGGAAAUCUAAUGCCACUAUUCUAGAAAAGGAGACACAAAGCAGGAAGCUACAGACCAUUUAGCCAAACCUCUGUCAAUGGGUAAAAUGCUGGAAUCCAUUAUUAAUGAGGAAUGUUUACCCUCACAGAAGUAGCAUCCCUCAAUGAUAUCCAGGCAACCUAUCGAAUCCUGAAGCCAUGGUGGGACGUAUUCAUGGACUAUUUAGCCAUCGUAAUGCUGAUGGUCGCUAUUUUUGCAGGCACCAUGCAGCUAACCAAAGAUCAAGUUGUAUGUCUUCCUGAACCCCCUUCGGAGAGGCCAGAAACCACAACGCCAACAUUUCCUCAAACUUCUACUGUAUCAGACCUGAGCACCAUCUCUUCACGUAGCUUCUUUACACCUACAGUCACGGCUACGACAUCUAAACCCACCAGCCAGAAUUCCCAACAAAAUGGCCCUCUAAACUUUGGCCGUCCAACUAACUUGGAGUACCAGCAAUAUAUUUUCAUCAAUCAGAUGUGCUAUCAUGUGGCCUUGCCUUGGUAUUCCAAAUAUUUCCCCUAUCUUGCACUGAUCCAUACACUCAUCCUUAUGGUCAGCAGCAACUUCUGGUUCAAGUACCCCAAGACCAGUUCAAAGAUCGAACAUUUUGUUUCUAUAUUAGGAAAAUGCUUUGAGUCUCCUUGGACUACUAAAGCGCUCUCUGAAACGGCAUGCGAGGACUCUGAGGAGAACAAGCAACGCUUUAAGACCUCGGUCGCAAAGCACUUGUCGACUGGCAGUGAAGAAGAAAGCCCCAGUUCCAGUACACCCAUGAUAUCGAGGAUUGGACCUAAAUUUUCCACAGAGAAGCCUGUCAUUGAGGUUCCCAGCAUGACUAUUUUGGACAAGAAAGAUGGGGAGCAGGCCAAAGCCCUUUUCGAGAAAGUUCGUAAGUUCCGUGCCCAUGUAGAAGACAGUGAUUUGAUAUAUAAACUCUACGUGGUCCAGACAGUCAUAAAAACAGUGAAAUUAAUGUUUAUUUUGUGCUAUACACUUACUUUUAUGACUUCUAUAAGUUUUGAUCAUGAAUGUCAACCAGACAUAGAGCAUUUGACUGGAUAUACUAAGUUUUACUGUACUCACAACAUGGCUUUUAUGCUACGGAAAUUACUAAUUAGUUACAUUGCACUAAUAUGUGUUUAUGGACUCGUUUGCAUUUAUACUUUGUUUUGGCUGUUCAGGCGGCCUUUAAAGGAAUACUCAUUUGAAAAAGUCCGUGAAGAAAGUAGCUUUAGUGAUAUUCCAGAUGUUAAAAAUGACUUUGCCUUUCUACUGCACAUGGUUGAUCAGUACGACCAACUUUACUCCAAGCGAUUUGGGGUUUUCCUGUCAGAAGUGAGUGAAAACAAGCUGCGCGAGCUCAGUCUGAACCACGAGUGGACCUAUGAGAAACUCAAGCAGCACGUCUCCCGCAACUCCCAGGAGAAACAGGAACUCCACCUCUUCAUGCUGUCUGGGGUGCCUGACGCAGUGUUCGACGUGACCGAGCUGGAGGUACUGAAGCUGGAACUGAUACCCGAGGCCAAGAUUCCGGCCAAGAUUUCCCAGAUGGUCAACCUUCAGGAACUACACCUUUCCCAUUGCCCCGCUAAAGUAGAGCAGACUGCCUUCAGUUUCCUCCGGGACCACCUUAGGUAUCUGCACAUUAAGUUCACCGAUGUUGCAGAGAUUCCCACCUGGGUCUACUUGCUUAAAAACCUGCGUGAACUCCACCUGGUUGGUAACCUGAACUCCGAAAAUAAUAAAAUGAUAGCGCUGGAGUCACUGAGGGAGCUGAAGCACCUGAAGAUCUUGCACUUGAAGAGUAAUCUGACCAAAGUCCCGUCAAACGUCACUGACGUUGCACCCCACCUCACUGCACUGCUGGUUCACAAUGAUGGGACCAAACUCUUAGUAUUGAACAGUUUGAAGAAGAUGAUUAAUCUCACUGAGCUGGAGCUGCAUAACUGUGAGCUAGAACGCAUUCCUCAUGCCAUUUUCAGCUUGACCAAUCUGCAGGAACUCGACUUGAAAUCCAACAACAUUCGCACCAUCGAGGAGGUGAUCAGCUUCCAGCACCUGAAGCGUUUGACCUGCCUGAAGCUGUGGCACAACAAAAUCAUCACCAUCCCAUCCUCCAUCAGCCUUGUGAAAAAUCUGGAGCUGCUUUACCUUUCCCACAAUAAAUUGGAGUCUCUGCCAGCAGCUCUCUUCACAUUGCAAAAACUCCGAACGCUGGACAUCAGCCACAAUUCCAUCACCAUCAUUCCGGCUGAAAUUGCCUCCCUCCAGAAUUUGCAGCAAUUCGCAAUGACGGGGAACCGAGUGGAAUUUUUGCCAAAGCAGAUUUUUAAGUGCACAAAGUUGAGGGCUUUGAACGUGGGGCAAAACUGCAUUACUUCCAUUUCGGACAAGAUCUGCCAGCUCGUGCAGUUAACUCAGCUGGAAGUGAAGGGAAACUGCCUUGACAGGCUUCCAGCAGAGUUAGUCCACUGUCGUCUUCUGAAGAAAAGCGGGCUGGUUGUCGAAGAUCACCUCUUUGAUACACUGCCGCCUGAGGUCAAAGACCUCAUUAAUCAAGACUUCAAUUCAAAUACAACUUUGGCGCAGGAAUAUAAAGUAUUGAGCAAAGCAUAUAUAGCAGCUUUGGAACUGAAUGUUUGCUUGCUUGUUAACUUGGGAAAAAAAAAUGUAUUAAAUAGAUCAAGGUACUUAAACAAGGCAACUUAAAAAAAAAGAUAACAAUGAUAGUUUUAUUUCCUGAAAAAGCUCUGAAAUCAUUGUAAUAAAUUGUAACCAAUUAACUAACUGUUGGUCGCUGGUUGUCUUAUACAAAUCUGUCGACGACUGAAUAUUUGUUCAUGUAACUUUGUUUGUUAAAUCAAUUUAAUUUUAAUUUAUUCUCAGUAUUUGGAGGAAAAAUUUUCUGUCAAAGAGUAGAUGGAUUGUUUGCUCUGUGGUCUCUCCAAAUGGUGGACCUCUGGUAUAGCGCCAGCCAUUUCAGGAUCUGCAAGUACAGCACCAGUGUAUUUUGGAUUCUUAACCUUUACCUCCCUUCAGGCACCUUGGAUGCUCUUUUAAUAGCACGGUUUUGAUCAGAAGGUUGCUGUGUUGGGCAUUAACCCACAAUUAUGUGUCUGUGCUAUUACGAUACUUGUCUCUUUUUAUUUUGUAUUUCUGUAGGAUGAAGGGGGAGUCCCAGGCUCUGAGCUGUGUGCACAGACUGUACAGACUCUAAUUCCUAGCACCAAUUUCAACUGUUUCUAAAUAAAAGAAUACAAACUUA